AUGCCGUGGGAGGAGGCCACCUUCUCCUGCCUGCCUCCAGCCCCGCUGUCUGUGUUCAACCUAUUCAUGAACCCAGACAAGCUGCUCCUGAAUGUGCGGACAGACUUUGUAGAGCGUGUGAGAAAGCCGGUGAUCUCUGGGCUGCUGGAUGACCUGCUGGCCCAAGGGGUGCUGAACCUCGAGGAGGUGGAUGAGGUGCAGGAUGGAUACGCAGUGCGCACUGACAAGGCCCGCUGCCUCAUUGACAGUGUGCGCCUGAAGGGCGCUAAGGCCAGCCAGAUCUUCAUUGUCAGCCUCAGGAACCGUGAUGGCACCUUGGCAGAGCAGCUGGGUCUGGCCGCUAACUCUGGGCCCCCAGAUGAGCAGCUGGCCUCUGCCGACACUGAAGCUCCCUCUGGGCCCCCAGUCAGCAUCCGGGGCCAGCAGUGGAUCCGGCAGUGCUCCCUGAGCGAGUACCAGCACAUCAGGGAUACAGAGGGAGACCAGAUUUAUCCCAUCCAUCUACCACGGGAGAGACGAACCCGUAGGGCCCUGCUCAUCUGCAACAUUGAGUUUGAGCACCUGAGCCGGCGGAAUGGGGCUGAAGUGGAUGUGGAGGGGAUGACAAAGCUGCUGGAAGGGCUGGGCUACGUGGUGGACCCCCACUGCAACUUAACUUCCCAGGAAAUGGCUACCGUCAUGAAGGAUUUUGCCAGUCACAAAGACCACUGGACUUCUGACAGCACCUUCCUGGUCUUCAUGUCCCACGGGGUCAGGGCUGGGCUGUGUGGGACCAAGAGCAGAGACAAGACCACAGACAUACUUUCCCUCGACACCAUCUACAACAAAUUCAACAACAAGCACUGCCAGGCGCUGCUAGGCAAACCCAAAGUGGUCAUUAUCCAGUCCUGCAGUGGAGGCAACAUAGGGUCCGUGUUGGUGCGUGACUCUGCAGAGCCUGCCUUGCCCGCUCCCAGCUCGGCUCACAUGAUCCCUGAAGGGCUGGAAAAUGAUGCAAUCUGUGAAGUCCACCUGGAGAGUGAUUUUGCCACUUUACAUUCCUCCACACCUGAUACUGUCUCCUGGAGAAGCCCAGUGACAGGUUGUAUCUUCAUCCAGCGCCUGAUAGAGCAGUUUCAAAACCACGCCUAUAACAGCAACUUACAGGAGAUCUUCCGAAAGGUCCAAUAUUCCUUUGGAAAUUUCCCUCAGCAGUUACCAGCACAAGAAAGGACUACCAUGCUCAGGAAGUUCUACCUCUUCCCAGGCCAUUGAUCUCCUGCCUGGGGUGAAAUGUUUGAAUUUGGGAGUAACACAGCAGAAAGCUCAAGCUCAAAGGUAAACUCAGUCCUGCUCCACACUGAUGCACUUCAGAAAAGGAAAGGACAAGAGGAAAAGCCACGAACAGCUCUGCAGAAACAGUGAACCUCCAAACUUGUGCCCCCUGGGCUAGGCAACUACAAACAGACCUGGAAUAAAAUAGU